AAAAUGAUUGCUGUUUCUCUUAGGAUAGGAGUAAAUGUUUUAAGUACAAUAACAGUCUAGAAUUUACUUUUUUUUCACAUUAUGAGUAGUAAUCUUUAUUUUGCCAUGAUAGUGCAAUAUACAUUUAUAACUAGAGGAAACAUUAACAACUACAAAUGUCGGAUGUUGAAAUAUAUUUAUGAAUUUAAUUUCAAAAACCUAAAUAAAAAAUAUAAACAAAUAAUAAUCUAAAUCUUUAAUUCUUAGUUAAUCUAUUUCAACUAUUCUUAAAUCUGA